AUGCCUGCGCCUCGCCUGCUGCCGGGCCUCGCCCUGGUUCUGCUGCUGCUGCUGGGCGCCGCCGCCGCUGCUCUUCACUUCCAAGAAGGGCAGAGCUGCCAUAAGCCCCUGACGCGCAAGCUCGCCGGCCUCCGAACUUAUCCUCGUCCUCAUGAAUAUUUAGAUAUUUCAAAUCUGCCCAGGAGUUGGGACUGGAGAAAUAGAAAGGGAGUAAAUUAUGUGAGCGCUACUAGAAACCAGCAUAUUCCCCAAUACUGUGGAUCUUGCUGGGCUCAUGGCAGCACCAGUGCUCUGGCAGAUCGCAUCAACAUCAAGAAGAAAGGCACCUGGCCUUCUGCUUACCUCUCAGUUCAGCACGUCCUUGACUGCGCCCAGGCAGGGACCUGUCACGGUGGAGACCAUACAGGCGUAUGGGAGUAUGCUCACCAGCAUGGUAUCCCUGAUGAGACCUGCAACAACUACCAGGCAAAAGAUCAAAAGUGCAAGAAAUUUAACCAAUGUGGAACGUGUACUACCUUCGGGGAAUGCCACGUGAUAAAAAAUUACACCCUCUGGAAGGUUGGAGAUUAUGGAACUCUCAGCGGUCGAGAAAAGAUGAUGGCAGAAAUCUAUGCAAAUGGACCAAUCAGUUGUGGGAUCAUGGCCACUUCCAAACUGGAUGCAUACAGUGGAG